UUUGGACUUUUAGCAGUUCCCUUUAGUUUGGGGAUUGGUUGGCUAACACUGUUUCUCGGUUCUAUUAUCACAAAUUUUGGAAGGGUAUUAAGUCUUUAUUUGCUCUCCUUUAGGCUAUUUGGCUUUUCCAAAACCAGUUUAGGUUCAAUUAGGCGGUUUGGUUGUCCAGGACAAUUGAAGGUUUGGUUGAGGAGUUGUUCAACCGUUGUGUCCAGUCUCCGAUUGGAAGAAAUACGAAUUGGGAUCUUGCUCGCCUAGUUCGCUUGUACUUUCAAGUGAUCCAUGGUUGUGUUUGAGGGGAUUGCUUGGCAUAUGCCCCAUGGUUUGUUUGAUCGUCGAUGGAGCUUGGGAUUGCUCUACUUGUAGGGCAAGGGCAGGUUGGGUUAUUCGUGAUCUUUAUUCUUCGGAGGUUUUGGGUGGAGGAAGUAGAGUCGGAGAUUCAAGCUUGUUUAUGGGAACUUUAGGCGGCGGUUCGCGAAGGGUUUUUGAAGAUUCGAAUUUAUUUUGUUUGUGUGGCCCUUUUUUCUUUGUUUCCAAGUUCAAGUUCAAUGGACAUUUCGAUUUGGCGGCUCAUUCUUGAAUUGUCUUUUUGGUAUGUCAAAUUUGUAAGGUUCUUCGGUCCUGGAUUUCUCCGGCUCACUGGUUAGCUGGUUGCGCUUGGCGACGACAAAUGUUUUUUUUUUGAGUUCUAGUUUAAUUUGUUUUUUUUUUGUUGCAAUUUGUUUUUUCUAGAGUAGCUCUUUUGUAAAAAAAAAAAUUAAAAUUAAAAUGUUACCUGUAGAAAAUAAAAAUAAAAAAUCCACCAACUAAUCUACUACAGUACGUAACAAACUACCUACAGCCAGCUGCCACUAUAAAAACCUACUCCUCCCCAAUUCAAACUUCAUUUUCCCUCUCUUCUUCCACAAACACCUCCAAUGGCGGAAAAACAAACUCUCACCAUCUUCCUCAUUUUCUCUCUCCUCAACUCAUCAUCAAUGGCGGACCUCUCUUUCUCCGACCUCGAAUCCGCCAUUUUUGCUCUCCACCUCCACGGCUUCAACCUCUUCGGCAACUCCAUCGCCGUCUCCGACCUCUCCGUUCAAAUCCUCUCUCACAAGCUCAACUCCACCUCCUCCUCCUCCUUCCAUGGCGUCGGACGCCGUGGUUUCACCUUCCUCGCACCUCCGAACUCCGUCCUCUUCUCUCUCGACAUGUCUACCGACGCCUUCACCUACGUUCACUCUCUGCGCUUCCAUGUCGUUCCUCGCCGUCUCUCGUUUUCGGAGCUUCGCAACAUUUCUCUCUCCUCUCAUCCUCACUUGGAGACUCUCGUGCGAGGUCAUCUUCUCCGUGUCGCAUCCUCUGGUCGUAGUCGCGUCGCCAUUGACGGAGUUCGUGUUUCGUUUCCUGAUCUCUACUUGAGGUCUAACAUCGCCGUUCAUGGCCUCGACGGAAUUCUCGUCUCCUCCAAUGAAGAAUUCUUCCACCGCCUUGAUUCCGUCAUUACUCCGCCGCCGAUUUUCUCUCCUACUCCUGCUCCAAUUACUGGAAACAAUGGCGUCAAAUCCGUCUCUGUUCCUACAAUUGACGCUUUCUCGCCGCAGAUUGCAGGUUUUCCGGCAUUUUCACCUGAGAAUGAGCAAGUUCCGACGCCAAAUCAUGCUUUCUCGGCAUUUCCACCGGAGUUUGGCGGAACACCAGCGCCAAUUGGCUUUACCUCGCCGCAGAUUGAAGGAAUUCCGCCGUAUUCGCCGGACUUUGGAGGAAUUCCGGCGUAUUCACCGCAGAUUGACGGAGUUUCGGUGCCAAUUAACGUAUUCUCACCGGAAAUUUCACAAGUUAGGUCACCGGUUGGUGCUAUUUGGCCGGAAUUUGGAGAAAUUCCAGAGUCCCAUGAUGUGGCAUUCACUGGAGGAAGCAUCAAUUCAAUAUCAGUUCCACCAAUUGAUGCUUAUUCAGAAGAUGAUCUCGAAACUCCGGCGCCUUCACCGUCAGUGGAGUUCCUCUCUCAGGGUGAUUACUCGAUGCCGCCAGGGUUCGCAAAGUGGUUGCAUACAGAGUUUCUCUCACCUAACAAUUGGUCGCCAAAUUGGAGUGCUCCGCCACUGCCGCCAUUGACGGUUGAAGAAUCACCGGAGAAACAGGAGGAUGUGAACUUGGGAGAGUGA